UCAGCUCCCAAGCAUUCCCUUCCCUCCCACAACCAGUCUCGCUUCUCUGCAGUAAACCGCCCAGACUUCCCUCACUGGCCGCCUGCAAGCACGCUGCAACCCGCCCUUACUGACUAGAUAUUAGAGUUGCCACUGGAUUAUCUAGCGUGUUUUGUCCACCGCACUUUGCACGGUCUCACGUGAUCAGCAUUCGCGCCUUUUAUCCGCCGCCCUAGACCUUGCUUACGGAUUUGAGGAUAGCCACACAGUUUCAGGCGUGCUCUGUCCACCGCACAGCCUGGUUAUCCGUGACGUGGCGAAAAUGGAUUCACGUGCGAGAACACGUACCAGGUAUGGACCCACCACUCAUGCCACGUCACGCUGGUUCCGUUCACAUGCAUGCGCUAUUAAUGUCGGUGCCAAUCGGAACCGUCGAUGAAGUCUCGAAGAACACGGAGUGUUUUGAACCGUCCGAUUUGUAACUCAGCCAUGUAUUGUUACAUCACCCAACGUGAAUGUGCUGGCGGAGGUUCCCUUCGUUGACAAAUCGCAGCCACAGAUGCACUUCUAGAAGGACCCUAGACAGUUUAUAACCGUCCGAUCUUCGUCAGCGCGUGCGCUGGCUGGAAACCACGCUGGGUCCCGACAUUUGAGCGACACACCGGCCGCUUCGCGUUUGCCUGGCAGCGCGACAAACGAACGGUGGUGAAGCAACGUUCGCGAAGGUCCCUCCCUUCGUGAACUGGAGUUCCCCUCGCUGGCUGUCAGUAGAAAUGGCACUCCGACGGCCAUUUCUCUUCAGUCACAGCUUUUGAGUUGAGCAUCUUCUUAAUCACACCCUCUUGCAAGCACACUGCCCUCGAUCUUUGCUCCUUGUGCCUGAGCCCCCCCAACUGCUCUAAUGGCCUCGGCCAACCCUGAGACCGCUCUCGUGGCUGCUCUGGCUGCUGCCACGUUUCUUGGCAAGGCAGCGAAAUACCUCUGGCAAGUACCCUUCUGGUUCGACUGCUCUGCAGUGAACCAGACUCCUUUCGAAUGGCUUUGUGAUUGGACUGCUGCUGAUGAGGCAGAGCUGAGAGCAGCUUCAGCCAACACGCGACGUGCUACGUUGAGUCCCAGUGAGGAGUUGCUGCUCCUGGCUGGAAUUACAGUAAGCACGUCAGAGUUUAUAACGGAAUGGACUGCUGCUGAUGAGACAGAGCUGAGAGCAGUUUCAGCCAAGAUGCGACGUACUACGCUGAGUCCCAGCGAGGAGUUGCUGCUCCUGGCUGGAAUUACAGUGAGCACGUCAGAGUUUAUCUCGGAGUGGACAAAUGAGGAUGAGGAAUACUUAACAAGUGGUUCGGUAAAGAGCAGCAAUGCCUGGAGUGUAAGCGAGUGGCUGGCAGAACGUGGUGUGGUGAACUCGGCUGAGUUCAUCACGGAGUGGACUGAGGAGGAUGAGGCGUAUUUGAGAGGUGAAUCGGUUACGAGUCUGGCAGGACGCAGUGAGGGUGAACAGUCGUGGAUAGCGACAUGCCAGCCCAUGAGCUCGGCUGAAGUGGCGCUUAAGGUCGGUCGUUUCGCUGAGGCUGGGAAGAAGCGCCGGGAACGAGGCGUUGGAGCUCGCCUGGGCUUCUCCCCCUUGAGACCUGCUGCUGUCACCGCUGCUGCUGCUGUCGCUAUGAAUGCUGUUGCUUCUGCUGUUACGGCUGCUGCUGACGCGAUCGGUGCUGCUGCUUCUGCUGCUGCUGAGGCUGUUGGUGCUGCUGCUACUGCUGCUGCUGACGCUGUUGCUGCUGCAGUUACGACUUCUAUGCCUGCUGCUGCUGCUGUUUCACGCCAAAUGGAGACCAAGACAUCAGCAGCGAUGAGGUCCACUGCGUGCAAGUCGACUGUACGACCAGUUGUGAAACCUGCAGCAAAGGCAGCAGCGAAGCCAGUGGUCAAGCCAGCAGCGAAACCCGCAGUCAAGGCUGCAGGGAAAGCCGCAGUAAAGGCUGCAGCGAAUUCCGCUGUCAAGGCUGCAGGGAAACCCGCAGUCAAGGCUGCAGCGAAAUCCGCAGUCAAGGCUGCAGCAAGUCCCGCAGUCAAGGCAGCAGCGAAGCCAGUGGUAAAGCCAGCAGCUUGCAAGCCAGCUGCGAAGCCGGCAGCCUGCAAACCAACAGUGAAGCCUGCGGUUGUCAAGCCAACAGUGAAGUAUGCUGCAUCAUCUGCCACUGCCAGUGUUGGUGCUUCUGCUGCUGUUACAUCACCUCUGAGGCGGGAAUCGCAGAAGGGGUUGCAGGGAACAACAGGGGGGAGAAGGGGGCAAGUGAGCCAGGCUGCAAAAGCAGCCUCGCAGAAACAAGUGUCUCAGAAAUCUAGGUGGAGGUGAAUGAUAGCUUAUGUGUAGUGAACAAUGUACAUAUUCGUGUAUAGAACUAAUCUAUCUAGUUGAAAUCGUCCAGGGACAUUUGUUUGAGCAGAGGUAGUCCUCUGCUCUCUAUCCUGCAUAAUCCAUCCGCCACGCUACCUUGAUUGAAGAUUGGCCAUGGGAUACUGAUCAGAUCGGGUCGUUCUCCUGUGGUUUUAUUGAAAAGUAGUGAGUUUUGGCCUUCUCUUGCCAUGCUUGAGAAUAUGGUGGGUCUGAUUUUCCAUGCAGCUGUCUCUAGAGAGUUCUGUCUUAUCUGAAGCUGCUAACUGCAUAAGAAUUCUCUUACACUUUCCUCCCUCACCUUUAGCCCUCCCCUCCCCUCCCCUCCCCUUCGCCGCCACCAUCACUCUCAUUCGAAAACUCUCUAUUGAUUUUACCUGUUCAUGAACAAGUAGCCCGGGUGAGUGAGUGUAUGAACUGACACUCCUUCCCCCUUCCCUCCUCUCUGUCUUUUGUUUCCUAUUAGUCCUUCCAUCAUCCAUCGGUCCGUUCGUCUGUCCGUCUGUCCAUCCAUCCAUCCAUCCAUCCAUCCAUCCAUCCAUCCAUCCAUCCAUCCAUCCAUCCAUCCAUCCAUCCAUCCAUCCA